ACGGCAGUGGCCGCGGGCCGGCGUCAGGUGAUCCGGACUGAGCGGCGCUGAGCCUGAGACCGCGGGGCCGUGGUUUAUGCGUGCAAGUGCCCAUCCGGGGUUAGAUCAGCGCCUCGGACCGGCUCGGCCUAUGGAUGAAACGAGCCCGCUGGUAUCUCCAGAGCGCGGUCCGGCCCCGGGGUAUGGGCUGCCUGGGGGUGCCGUGCGCUCCCCGCCCUGUCCCGCUGCCCCUGCAACUCCCGCUGGACCGUGUCCCUGUCCUUCCCCACCGGGAUCCCCCGCAGGUGGCCGCGACCGGGAGCGCCAGCCACUGUUGGAUCGGGGUAGUGGGUCGGAGCGUGGAGCCACGCGGGGGACUGUAGCAACAUCCGGGACGACCCAGACUCAGGCUCAGGUGGGGGUCGGAGUAGGGAUCGCCGCGGGUCGAGGUGAACGGGAGCACCGGAAUGAAUUUCCCGAUGACCCAGAAUUCGCCGAGGUGGUGCGACUGGCAGAGCUGGCGAGCGAACGCGGAAUCUACCCUGAGCGCAUCUAUCAAGGUUCUAGCGGCAGCUAUUUCGUCAAGGAUCCGCAGGGGAAAAUCAUCGGUGUGUUCAAACCGAAGAAUGAAGAACCCUAUGGGCAUCUGAACCCAAAGUGGACAAAAUGGUUGCAAAAACUUUGCUGUCCCUGCUGUUUUGGAAGAGACUGUUUAGUUCUCAACCAAGGAUAUCUGUCUGAAGCUGGUGCAAGUCUUGUUGACCAAAAGCUGGAAUUGAACAUUGUACCUCGCACAAUGGUGGUGUACUUGGCCAGUGAAACAUUUAACUACAGCGCCAUUGACAGAGUGAAGUCCCGGGGCAAGCGUCUGGCCUUGGAAAAAGUGCCAAAGGUUGGGCAGAGGUUUCAUCGAAUUGGUCUUCCACCAAAGGUUGGUUCCUUCCAGCUUUUUGUGGAAGGCUAUAAGGAUGCAGAUUACUGGUUGCGGCGCUUUGAGUCUGAACCUCUUCCAGAAAAGAGUAACCAUCAAUUGUUGCUACAGUUUGAGAGAUUGGUGGUGCUGGAUUAUAUUAUACGCAAUACUGAUAGGGGUAAUGACAACUGGCUGAUCAAGUGUGAUUGCCCCCUGGACAGUACAAGUAUGCAGGACUCAGAAUGGGUUGUAGUCAAGGAGCCUAUAAUUAAACUGGCAGCCAUUGACAAUGGUUUGGCUUUCCCUCUUAAGCAUCCAGACUCUUGGAGAGCAUAUCCUUUCUAUUGGGCAUGGCUGCCACAGGCGAAAGUGCCAUUCUCUCAAGAGAUCAAGGAUCUUAUCUUGCCAAAGAUUUCAGAUCCUAAUUUUGUCAAGGAUCUAGAAGAAGAUCUCUAUGAACUCUUCAAGAAAGAUCCAGGUUUUGACCGAGGCCAAUUUCAUAAGCAGAUUGCAGUAAUGCGUGGUCAGAUCCUAAACUUGAUGCAAGCCCUGAAAGAUGGGAAGAGCCCUCUUAACUUGGUUCAGAUGCCUCCUGUUAUUGUAGAGACUGCUCGCUCCCAUCAACGCUCUGCCAGUGAAUCAUAUACACAAAGCUUCCAGAGCCGCCGGCCCUUCUUUACCUGGUGGUAGCAGUUGCCUCUGUUCUCAGUGAAGAACUUUAGAGGGGGCAUCAUUUGAGAGGAAGCAAUCAACCCUCCAGACUGAGGUUGUCUGCUGUAGAUGGUCGGGAAUGUAAGCAGGGUCAGUCUCAACUCUGCACGUUCCCUGUGAAAAACAAGGGAUGUUCAUCGGUCUGAUUGCUACUGCCUUCUCUUUGGGCUGGACAGGUCCUAUCAUCAGCCCAAGCAUGACAGCAUUUCCUAGCAGGAGCCUGCAUGCCAUGCCCUUUUGUUUCAAGAUAUCCUUCUAAUGUUCAUUUGGAUGGACAUCUCAUAAGGUCUCCUAUAAGGAAGGGCUGAUGGUGAGGGGAUAAUCCAAAUUGGAUGGAAGCACUUCACUGUGUAUCACUACCAGCCUUGUUGUUCCUUCCUUCCUUGUUGCACAUUUGUUAUUACUGUUGAAAGCAGGUUUUCCUGCACUGGAUUUGCUGUUUCUCUUGUCCUAUGGAGAAGCUCCUAGGGUGUAUGCCGUGGAGCUGUUCAAUAGGAAAUGUGGUAUAAUCAGAAUUUAAUCUGAUAUAAAGUAACUUAUUGAGGAUUGGGCCAAAGCCAAAUGUAACAGCUUCAAUUCCACUUAGGAUAAAUAAUAGGGCAGACAGAUUCUGCAAGACAACCAUAGGACAAAAAUUAACUAGUGUGCUUCCCAUUCCUCAUAUGUGGCUAGGACCAAGGGUCUCAGAUACUAGUUUUUAAUUUGGUUUUAAAUUAUCCAUCUCAUGCUCAUACAUUCAUGCUCCACAUAGUCCUAGAGCAAGCGAAUAAGAGGUUAUAUACCUACCACUAUUAUCUUGGUUAGCAUUUCAGACACAUUUCUAGUAUUCCCAAGAGUAAGCAAUAGCUGUCUCUCAUCUCUAGAAAUGCUGGCUGAUUUAGGAGAUAAGAGAGGCUAUUCCAGAGGCAAUGGUGUGCAUUCUCCUACAGAGUGGGAGUUCUAUUGGGCUGGUUUGAGCAUUGACAAUCUGUAGGGGGAGGGAAGUGGGGAGGGAAAUUCUCUAUGGGAUGCUGACAUGAGGAGAUGUCUUCUACAGGGCUGUAGAGAAUUGUAAGAGGAAGGUAUAAUUUCUACCAUAUCAAGAUGAUGUUCUAUGUACAGUGGUAUGAUACAGUGAUUGCUGCUUCUCAUAGGCUACUGUACUAAACCUCUGGAAACAAGAACAUAUUUGAAAUUUUCUAUAUAAGUUUCUCAGUGGCUACUUGGCUGCUUCCCAGACCUACAAGAAGAGACCUUUUACUAAUUCCAGCUUCCUGCCUCUUCUUAAUAAAAUCCUGAUAUGCUGAAUGUAGGACCUCUUUUUCUCUGACGUUGCUGGCUCAAGAGACAGCUUCCUGCAUUUUGCUAGAGGUGGCAGAUAGAAGUUGGCACUUGGAAAUACUUUACAUUUUUGCCAGUCCGAACUGAAAUGUAUUGUUCUUAUGCACUAUAGAAAUGUAUGUAAUAUAUUUAAAUCAAUGCAAGUCUCUUCAUAACAGAUCUGCUGUUACAGAGUCAAGUCUCUUGUGUGCGUUUUUCUUCUGGAGUUAAUAAGAACUUCCCCCUUCACUAGUCUCACACCAUGCAGUAGAGCUGCAACUGUGCCUUGACAUAAUGGUAAAUGGUAUCUGUAUUAUCUGUAUGGUAAAUACAGAUUAUUGUAGACUACAAUACCUGCAUUGUCAGAAAGUCCCUCCUUAUUGUUCUUGUUUUAUUUGUUUGCAGUACCUGGUUUAUGUUGGAGCUGCUACAACAUGGAUAAAUUAUUCCUGUAUUUUAAUCAUUUAAUGUUGCUGCCGGAUUAGAACUGAUACUUCAUUAUUAUAUGUUCUAUGCUGAUAGCAUUGCAUGUGUGCAGUGACAGAAAAUCAAUUUUUCAAAUUCAAUAUUAAAUAUGGAGUGGAUUUACAGGAUUAUAUUCCAGAGUUGUAGGGAAACCAUUACAUUUAGGCUUAGGGUGAUACAAAAUUGUACAUUGUCUCUUGGAAACUGUUGUGCCUUAUUAUUUUCCUAUGCUGCUGUUUAAUUUGGCCUUGACACACUUCCAAAUGUUGAUUAUUUAGUAAUGUUCAGAAAAGGUUGCAGAGGUAAAGUAAGUAGUAAUGUAACUUUUUGCCCAUUGGAAGCCAGACCUUCCCAUCAGUGCUUGAAUGGCAAUAUGACAUAAUUGUUCCUUGGCAGCUGUCAAUCAGCUCCAUGAAGUGAAAAAGCAGCUGUAUCAUGCUGUCCUGCAGCUGCUUAUAACUGGUUCAUAUAUUACUCUAGGCCAGCGCUUCUCAGACUUGAGCAAAUUAUCCAAAAUUGGGUAAAUAUGGUUUUUCUUUGGGUAAUGACACAUGAACCUAUUACCUACUGUUUCCCCCAAAAUAAGACAUCCCCUGAUAAUAAGCUCAACUGGGCUUUUGAGUGCAUGGCAAUAAGGCCAACCGCUUAUUUCAGGGUUCAAAAAAAUAUAAGACAUUUUCGGGGAAACAUGGUAAUCACAACAGGGACAUUUAAAUUGACAAAGUAUUUACCUACAUUGGAUAAAAAGGCUUCUCCGAUAAACGGUUUGGGGUAAUGAAAGAAAAAAUUUUGGAGGGCACUGCUCUAAGCUAAAAUAUGGUUGGAUCCUUGGUAGUUCAAGCAGGCUACAGAAACUGAAUUAACUUUUUAUGUGCCAGGUCAUCAUGGUUUAUUUGCAGGGGCAUAGUAGGCUAUAUGAAGAUAGUGUCAAUGGUAUGAAAAUCUGGGUUAAUACAUUGUAAUUACAUACAAGGCCAAAUGAUUCCCUAAGACUUAGUUGGAGAAGGUAAUAAUUUAUUAAAGUUGUGUUCUGCCUGGCUCCCAAUGAGUCCACAUGGCUCACAAUUAAACAACUUAGAGUAAAAUUGAUAAAAGAUGGCAAGAUUGACAGACAAGAUUUUUUUUUAACUUUAAUUUAUAUCCCGCCCUUCUCCGAAGACUCAGGGCGGCUUACAAUGUGUUAAGCAAUAGUCAUCAUCCAUUUGUAUAUUAUAUACAAAGUCAACUUAAUUGCCCCCAACAAUCUGGUCCUCAUUUUACCUACCUUAUAAAGGAUGGAAGGCUGAGUCAAUCUUGGGCCUGGUGGGACUUGAACUUGUAGUAAUUGCAAGCAGCUGUGUUAAUAACAGACAGACUUAGUCCGUUGAGCCACCAGAGGCCCCUAGAUUGAAUGAAGUAAUGGGGUCUCUCUUGCCAAAGACCUUAUUUUUAUAUAUCUUAUACAUAUUAUGAGUAUAUGAAUAUAGAUGUGGAUUUAAUAGACUUUCUGUGGUGCUUUUUCCGCAAUCGUAGGGAAAAGGUACUUGCCUUUAGAAUAUUUGUGUGCAUUUGUGGCAGUGGGAAAGCAUUUAGUUCUAUCUGCAAUGAAUUAGCAAACAUGUUCAGAAUUUGCUGUA